AUGGCACUGGGAGUCACUUUGGAUGGCUUAGUCGAGUUGACCUGGGGGAAUACAAACCCCCCAGCCUUUAUAGGUGGCUUCAUAACCCUUGGUGGCAUGGUUGCUGCACGCCAUGAAAAUGUGUUAGCAAAAAAGUCAUCUUUGGGAUUAGCAUUUUGUGGCCAUGACGAGUCGGUUAAAUCUGAAAAUCAAGGUAACUUUAUGGAACUAUUGAAGUUUCUAUCCAAUCACAAUGACGACAUAAAGAAAGUUGUGCUGGGAAAUGCUCCAAAAAACCAUCAAAUGACGACCCCCAAAAUCCAGAGGCAACUUACUGGUGUUUGUGCUUUUUUGACGACCAAGAAAAUUAUUGCAGAAAUUGUGAGAGAUAAACAACCGUUUUCUUUACUAAUUGAUGAAUCUUGUGAUGUGGCAGUGAAAGAACAAAUGGCUAUUGUUUUUCGCUAUGUGGACAAAAUAGGUUGCGUUAUUGAACGUUUUAUUGGGAUUGUGCAUGUUAAGAAUACUUCUACAAAGUCUUUGAAAAUUGCAAUAGAUGCCUUUUUUGUAAAGUAUGGAUUGAGUUUGACAAGUUUAUGGGGCCAAGGUUACGAUGGAGCAAGCAAUAUGAGGGGUGAGUUCAAUGGUUUGAAGACUUUGAUAUUGAGAGAAAAUAAAUUUGCUUUCUACAUUCAUUGUUUCUCUCAUCAACUCCAAUUGGCGCUAGUCAAAGUUGUAAGUAAACAUUUAGCAUUAGGUGAAUUUUUUCAAACUCUUUGUAUGUUAUCAAACACUAUAGCAGCAUCUUGCAAGCGCAGAUAUCUUCUAUGUGAUAAACAGUAUGAAUAUGUGAUAUCUUUGAUUUCUAAUGGUGAUAUUCAGACGGGACGCGGUUUGAAUCAAGAAUGCACUAUUAAACGACCAAGAGAUACACGUUGGGGUUCACACAUAGGGACAAUCCAUAUUGUCAUAAACUUAUUUUCUUCUGUUGUUGGUGUGCUUAGAGUGAUUGAGAUUGAAGGAGAUGAUUGGUAA